AUGGCAACUGAAAAGGAACCAACUAACGACGAAGUGUUGCAGGGCAUGCUGAGUCGGCGAUUUCACUACGCCCGGGUGCAGCGUGACAGCACCUAUCGUCACACGUUCAGAACAAAAAGCCGGUGGGAGCUGAUGCGACUGUCGUUGCUGAUCGUUGGCAUCGAGUGUACGUACGCGACGGAGACGGCGUUUGUUGCACCCAUCCUGCUGGCCAUCGGACUUCCUCACACGAUCAUGACGAUGAUGUGGGCGAUGCCACCGAUCGUCGGUGUCCUGUUCGUUCCAGUGGUGGCCUCGGUGAGUGAUAGACUCCGUUCCAGUUGGGGUCGUCGCAGACCGGUGUUGCUUACGCUUGGCAUCGGAAUGUUACUCGGGAUGCUGUUGCUUCCACACGGUACUCAGAUUGGACAUGCGAUCGGUUUGCGUAGCGUAGCGUGGAUCGCCACCAUCACCACCAUCGGGUUGACAACCACCGAUUUUUCGGCGGAAGCCUCGAACGGACUCUGCCGGACGUACGCUAUGGAGGUGUGCACGAUCCAGGAUCAGGCGCGCGUUCUCAGCACAAUGAUGCUGAUCGGUGGAAUGGGUGGAAUGCUUGGGUACACGUUUGGAGCCAUCGACUGGAGUGAGCUUCCGAUUGGGCAGUACUUCUCAAGCAACGAGGCAGCGGUUUUCGCGGCGAACUGGAUCGUUCUGCUCAUUGGGUUGAUCAGCACUCUUACGAGCUUCUCGGAGAUCCCGCUACCGGUGCAGGAAAAGGACGAGUUGCUUCGUCCGGUAACGCACCGGAUGCUGCAGAAUGAAGUGAAACGCCAGCAGAAUGGUGAACAGGCGGGACCAGCACAGACGGAUCUUGCUGAGGCGAUCGGUUUUCGGCAGUUCAUCCGCAACACCGUUCGAAUGCCAAGAUCGAUGAAGAUUCUCUGUCUCACACAGUUCCUGUCGCACAUGGGCUACCUCCCAUACUGCCUGUAUUUCACGGACUUUGUAGGCUCGGAGGUGUUCUAUGGUGACGUUCAGGCUCCAGAAAAUACGGUUGAAUUCGUGCUGUACGAGCAAGGACUACGUUUUGCGUGCUGGGGGAUGGCAUUAUUUGCCGGUUGUGCCUCACUUUACUCACUCGUAAUUGAAAGGAUGAUCGGUCGGUUUGGGGCACGACCCGUUUACGUGUUCGGGUUGAUGGCUCACUGUAUUGGUAUGCUAAUGAUGGGGAUGCUGCGAACGCGUACCAUGGUGCUCGUGUCCUGUUCGCUCGCCGGCGUCAUGUACAGCACCAUCUACUCCAUCCCGUUCUUGUUAAUUUCGCACUAUCACUCGAAAAACUCCUUCCACAUGGAAGCUGGCAAAUGCGUGGAAGCGGAAGAACCACGCGGAUUCGGUGCCGAUGUAUCGAUGAUGAGUAGCGUCCUAUGUCUCGCUCAGCUAAUAGUAUCGCUUGCGAUGGGCGCCCUGAUCGACGCGGCCGGGACUACGGCCGUAAUCACGUUCACUGCCAGCGCCUGUACGCUCCUAGCAGCCGUAUCUGCGCUGGCUGUCCUCUACAUGGAUCUGUGA